CUGGUGGAGAGGGAGGAGGAAGCGGCCAGUUCCGAAGCCCUGCCUCAGCCCAACCCAACCUUUGCUCCGGAGAUCAUGGCUGCCGAGGAGGUGGCGGCGAUGGGCGCCGAGCCGGGCGAGCUGGAGAGCGGCGGGCUGCUGCACGAGAUCUUCACCUCGCCGCUCAACCUGCUGCUGCUCGGCCUCUGCAUCUUCCUGCUCUACAAGAUCGUGCGCGGGGACCAGCCGGCGGGCGGCAGCGACGACGACGAGCCUCCCCCGCUGCCCCGCCUCAAGCGGCGCGACUUCACCCCGACCGAGCUGCGGCGCUUCGACGGCGUCCAGGACCCACGCAUCCUCAUGGCCAUCAACGGCAAGGUGUUCGAUGUGACCAAGGGCCGCAAGUUCUACGGGCCUGACGGGCCAUACGGGGUCUUUGCUGGAAGAGAUGCAUCCAGGGGCCUGGCCACAUUUUGCCUGGACAAGGAAGCCCUGAAGGACGAGUACGAUGACCUGUCUGACCUCACUGCUGCCCAACAGGAGACCCUGAGUGACUGGGACUCUCAAUUCACUUUCAAGUACCAUCACGUGGGCAAACUGCUGAAGGAGGGAGAGGAGCCAACCGUGUAUUCAGAUGAAGAAGAACCAAAAGAUGAGAAAGACCGGAAAAACGAUUAAGGCAUUCUGUGGAAGCAUAUCUAUUUUUGUAUCUUGCAAAAAUCAUUUGUAACUUUUCAGUCUGUCCUUAAAAGCAUUGUGAUUUCAAUAUUUAGAAAAGUUUUGAACUUGCUAUAAACAUUUUUAAAUUGUAACAUACUAGUGGCACGAAGAAAAUGAAAUUCUGUCUUAGAAUGUGCAUGAGAUGUGUGGGUGUCACAAAUCAAAAAGGGAACUACAGUGCUGUCACCAGAAUGUUAAUAUUCUGGGCUUCUUCUUCAGCUGUAGUUAGUACAGGCUGAAUCUAAAUUUGGUGGGGAAAGGGUUGCGUGUGUGGCAGGGCUUGUUUGUUUUUCAGACAGUUUAAGACUUUGCUAUUCCCCCCAAACAGGUUAAAAUCUUAGAUAUGCAAAGUCCUUCAACCACCUAGAACAAAGGACCAAUUUUCAGUCAUGAUGUUCUUUAAAGAACUUUCUUUUUCAAUCAAGUGAACUGCAUGAUUUCUGUUUAUCUACCUCUAAAGUAAAUCUGCAGUAUUCCAAAGAAUUUGGUGUGGAAUCAAAAGAGCUGUCCAGUAACAAAAUGGAAUCUCAAAACUGGACUCACUUGACCAAAAAAAUUUUUUUAUUUUUUUCUAAGUGGCUUGGUAUGAAAAAGAGGUCUUGAACAGACAAAAGUAAAGUUGACAAUGGGAAAGAAAAUAGAAAAAUAGGCUGGUUUGCCUACAGACUUCAAUUUAUGAAGAUGCUAGCACUGUCUGCCCAGCCCCCAUGUUCAUGGUGAAGUAAUCAUUAAUUUACACAAUCUGAAGUAAGGGGGAGGGUGUACUGAGGAGCAGGUGUAUGCUCUCCUGAGAACCUUCAUACACAUCCCCACAGAAUGAGGAAGCAGUACGCAUCACACUGGCCAAGUGGUUUUUAAAAGUCUAUUCCUGAGGUAUAACAGUCAUUAUGUUGUUACAAAACUAGAGCCACUGCAAAAAGCCGUAGUCCAAGUGUCUUAAGUCUUUGAUGUAGGUUUUUUUGGUGAACACUAAACUUAGCUUAAGUAGACUGUACAGUUGUAUAAAUUUGCAAAAGUAUUAUAUGAACAACUAGUGAGGUUUCAAACUCUUGUAGUUCAACAGUCAUGGUAUUUUCUUGUGAGUUGUGUUUUACCUCGAAUCAGAAAAUAAAAUGAAGUGCUUUGGUCAGUUAAUAAAAUGGUUUUACCCCGUC